UGUUAGCUCCGCCUCUGGCGCGACAGCGGUCGGGAGGGCAGGGAUCGGAGCGCGCAGAUGGACCUGGUAGUCGGCCAGCAGGCAGCAUGGAAGCACCCUGGGGGACCAUCAACGCCGAGCCAGCCUGGUUUGUCUCCGAUCCACAGCCCGGAGAGGCGGAGGCGGAAGAGUCGAGCCCGUUGCUAGGCAACGAACCCCGCAGACAGGGAUCCCCAGGAGUUUCAUUUGGUUUCUCAGUGUUUAAUUUGAUGAAUGCCAUCAUGGGAAGUGGCAUCCUUGCCUUAGCUUAUGUUAUGGCUAAUACUGGUGUCCUUGGUUUUGGUUUCUUGCUGCUGAUAGUUGCUCUCCUGGCUUCUUACUCAGUUCAUCUCCUUCUUAAUAUGUGUAUUCAAACAGCUGUAACGACUUAUGAAGAUCUUGGACUAUUUGCAUUUGGAUUUCCUGGAAAGAUGAUAGUAGCAGGCACCAUAAUAAUUCAGAACAUUGGAGCUAUGUCAUCUUAUCUUUUCAUUAUUAAAACGGAACUUCCAGCUGCUAUUUCAGAAUUUUUGUCUGGGGACCAUAGUGGGUCUUGGUAUCUUGAUGGACAAACACUUCUGAUUAUCAUUUGUGUUGGCAUUGUGUUCCCUCUUGCACUUCUUCCUAAAAUAGGCUUUCUUGGCUACACGAGUAGCUUAUCAUUUUUCUUUAUGCUGUUCUUUGCUCUUGUGAUAAUAAUUAAAAAGUGGUCCAUUCCUUGUCCUCUGUCAUUAAAUUUUAUAGAACAGUACUUUCAGAUUUCAAAUGCUACAGAUGAUUGUAAACCAAAGCUCUUUCAUUUUUCCAAAGAGAGUGCUUAUGCCAUACCAACCAUGGCUUUUUCAUUUCUCUGCCAUACAUCAAUAUUGCCCAUAUACUGUGAACUUGAAAGGCCUUCAAAGAAAAGAAUGCAGAAUGUAACCAAUACAGCAAUUGCUUUAAGUUUUCUCAUUUAUUUUAUAUCUGCACUUUUUGGGUACCUCACUUUUUAUGACAAAGUGGCAUCAGAAUUACUACAAGGCUAUAGUAAAUACUUGCCGCAUGAUGUUGUUGUUAUGACUGUGAAGUUAUGCAUACUGUUUGCUGUGCUUUUGACAGUCCCUCUAAUCCACUUCCCUGCAAGGAAAGCCUUAAUGAUGAUGUUUUUCUCCAAUUUUCCAUUUUCAUGGAUUCGCCAUUCUUUGGUCACUCUAGCACUCAAUAUCAUCAUUGUUUUACUUGCAAUAUAUGUUCCUGAUAUUAGGAAUGUAUUUGGGGUAGUUGGCUCUAGUACAUCAACCUGCUUGAUCUUUGUAUUCCCAGGACUUUUUUAUCUUAAACUGAGCACAGAAGAUUUUCUAUCAUGGAAGAAACUUGGGGCUUUUGUUUUGCUCGUCUUUGGAAUUUUGGUUGGGAGUCUUAGCUUAGCACUCAUCAUUUUUAAUUGGAUUAAUAAAUGAAAUAUAUUUUAUCAUGUCCUGUGAAGAAUAAUAUACCUCCAUGUACAAAUUAAGUCUGGAACAAUUCUGGAAGGCAUGUUAGAUGAAUCCUUUAUGUGGAUGAACAUAUUUGAACACAUUUAGAAAAUGAGUGGAUGGAGGAAAGUGGACAUAGCAGUUUUAAUAAAAAAAAAACUCACAUUUUUUAAAAGAAUAUUUGGUAAAUAUUUCAUCUGUGUGGUUUUUUAAAUUAUCACCCUGCUAUUUUAGGGUAGUUUUAAUGUUUACAGAAAUAUGGAACAGAAGAGUCAGAGUUCUCAUAGUAUUCAUCCCAACACACCCCUAGAUCCCCAUAUCAUUAAUAUCUUGCAUUUGUGUGGUACAUUUGUUGUACUUCAUAGUGAUUUGUUGUUAUUAUUAAAAUCCAUAGUUUACAAUAGGAUUCACUUGAUGGAUGUAUUAGUAAAUUUUGAACUUUUUAGGGUCUCUAUAAACUGUGAACCUUGUUCUAUAUGCUGUAUAGUUGAAAUCAUAAUAUGCUGACCUUUCAGACAGAUUCUGUCACUUAGUGAAAUAGGGGACAGCAGGGCUUGGAGUGAAUUCAGGUGUAUAUAGUAAAACCCAAACCAGCUCAAGCUCAUCAAGUAUUCAUCAGAGACCCAUCGAGGAGCAAAGCAACGAAUUCCCGCCUGACACACCCUAAAGCAAGCAAGACAACUUGAUCAAUUCGUCAAUGCAGCUUUGAAGAGACAAACCGCGUGCCUCUCCCUGCAUCUUGCCUCGAACCCCUCCAUUCCUAACAGCUUCCACUGUACAACGUUCAUUCCUUUAAUCUUAUGGGGUGCACUCUCUUCCUGGGAGUCUUCUGCAUCCCAGCGUGGGGAAUGUAACUUCUCCAUCUCUGGAGAAACCCACGUUCAUCAAGGAAGAUGCAUUCUCCCACUUUUAUUUUCAAAAUAAAGCUUUUUUGCUUCACUAUUGGCCUUCUCCUGCGGUGCUUUUCUAUGAGGCUUGAGACAGGACCUGUCUCGGGUACAGGGCAAGGCUUUGUUGUUUGCGUGGUGCAAGAGCAACUUCCGGCUUCUGUGUGUCCUCACCUCCCUCAAGGAUGGGCCAUUGCCAUGUGCAGCGCAGGAGGCCAGGAGUAGCACAGUCACCUGAGAUGGUGGCUUCCCGCCCAGCCCCCACCACAGCAGUGUGUAGUCAGGUUUCUUCCUUGUCUUUCUCAGUCCUUCAUUGUGUAUUUCUUGUUAGCACUGAACGGUAAUCCGUUGUAAGGGUGGGCCAAGGUGUGUCCUCUCCUGGUUCUAGUUUGGGCAGUUAUGAGGUAAGCUGCUUUAAAUGUUUGUGUGCAGGUUUUUGUGUGGUUAUCAGUUUUCAAUUUGUUUGGGUUAAUACCAAAAAGCAGAAUUGUGUGUCAUGUGGUUAAGAGUUUAGUUUUGUAAGAAACUGACACAAGCUCUUCCAAAGUGACAGUAACAUUUGCAUUCCCAGUAGCAGUGAAUGAAAGCUCCUGUUGUACCACAUCCUCCUCAGCAGUUCAUAUUGUUUUGAAUUUUCACCAUUCUUUAUAUAAGUGGUAGCUCAUUGUUUAAUUUGUGAUUUCCUAAUGGAAUCUGGUGUUGCUUAAAAAAAAUGCCUUUCCUGUCAGUAUUUGCCUCUGUUCUCUUUGCGAUCUUAUUCAGAUCUUGUAACCAUCUUGUAACCAUUUCAGUUCAGAUCUUGUAACCAUUCCUGAGUUGGUUUCUCAAUGUUGAGUUUUAAGCAUUCUUUCUAUAUUUUAGAUUUUUUUUAAUUGCAUAUGUAUUUUGCAAUUACUUUCCCCACUCUGGUCUGUGGCUUGCCUUAUUCUUCGAGAAUACUUUCUUUGACAGAAUCAAAUGUUGGCAAAUAUGUUGACUCAGUCUUUUAUUUUUAAAGAAAGCAAUAUAUUGUGUUUACGUGUAAAAUUGAAUAUUAACUUGAGCUAAUGUUGUCUAGUCAAUCACUAAUAACAAAACUUCAUAUUCUGCCCUGUUUGCAAAUCCCAUCUUAAAAACCUUCCUGAUUUUUCUCUGUGAUUCAUCAUGAGAGAAAGCUGUGGUGACUAUGGGCUUGAA